UUUACGUCUGGAAGAUGUAUUUUUUAGAGUGUUUGCUCAUCUGCAAUACGUCUAUAGGACGUUUCCUAUCAGAUGUCAAAUAGACGUUUAGAAGAUGUCUUUAAGGUGUUUAUAAUUUAGAAUGUAUGUAAAACUGAUAUCUUAAAGACGUCUAUCAGAUGUUUGUAAACAGCAGAUGCUUUCCAGACAAAGUGAUCUUUGCAGACGUAUGUGUGCUAUCUGGGAUAUUUAACAUAAUUUCUUUCUUUUUAGAAUCACAGUUAUGUUAGAAUUUGAUGAAUGAUUAUACAUAAAUUUCAUAAAGUUAUGAAGUAUAUAUAAAUAGAGAAGAAAUAAAUGAUCAAAUAAUGCUACAAAUAAAACAGAAUAUUAGUAUUUUUUAAUUUAAAAAAUAAUAACAGGCAGCAUACAAACGUUCAGCCCCUCGACCCCCCAAUGUUGAAACCAAACAUACGCCCUUACCCCCACCCAAUCCCAUCCCAAAUUAUUUUCCCGCCUAUGGACGCUUCACACUCCAGUCCAGUAGGUGGGGGUAAGGCACAUGCGUGUGUUAGCCAACCACCAUUAAACCUCAGAGGAAGAAGAUUAGUUGUGUUGUGAUACUGGCUACAAACUGUUAGAAGUGUACUUUUAGUAAAUAGAAAGAUAUAUGUUGAAUCGGGUCAAUAAAUCAUCCUCACAGACGGUAGUAAGGUUUGAAGCGAGCAGGAAUAUCUGGAGGAGUAUCAACUCAACUGAGAUCUGCUGCUGUGAAGAUGGUGUUUGUUAAAGAGGAGAGUGAGGAGGACAUGAAUGAACCAGAACCCUGGAGAAUAAAACACGAGGAACAAGGAGGCCUGGUAAAAGUGAAAGAGGAAAGAGAAGAUCUGAAUGAAGUGGAGGAGAAAUAUCAGCUUCAGGAAGAUCAUGAUGACACCGCUGAAGAAAAACUAUUGAGUUGCUCCAAAACUGAAAACAGUUGCUCACAAAGCAGCAUUCAAAUAACAGAAGUCACAAGACCUUUCACCUGCUCUCAGUGUGGAAAGAGUUUUACACAAAAAAGAAACCUUAAGACUCACAUGAUAAUUCACACAGAAAAAAAUCCUUUCACCUGCUCCCAGUGUGGAAAGAGUUUUACACAGAAAGGACACCUUAAUGAGCAUUUGGUAACUCACACUUCAGAAAAGCCUUUCACCUGUUCUCAGUGUGGAAACACUUUCACACGUAAACAAAGCCUUAAGAAGCACAUGAUUAUUCACACAGGAAAAAAGCCUUAUACCUGUUCACAGUGUGGAAAGAGUUUUUCACAGAAAGGACACCUUAAUACACAUGUACUAAUUCACACUGAAGAAAAGCCUUCCACCUGCCCUCAGUGUGGAAAAACUUUCAUGCGUAAUGCAAACCUUAAGAAUCACAUGUUAAUUCAUACUGGAAAAAAGCCUUAUACCUGUUCCCAGUGUGGAAAGAGUUUUACACAGAAAGGACCCCUUAAUAGACAUGUACUAAUUCACACUGAAGAAAAGCCUUUCACCUGCCCUCAGUGUGGAAAAACUUUCACACGUAAAGCAAACCUUAAGACUCACAUGUUAAUUCAUACUGGAAAAAAGCCUUACACCUGCUCCCAGUGUGGAAAGAGUUUUACACAGAAAGGACACUUUAAUAGACAUGUACUAAUUCACGCUGAAAAAAAGCCUUCCACCUGCCCUCAGUGUGGAAAAACUUUCACACGUAAAGCAAACCUUAAGAAUCACAUGUUAAUUCAUACUGGAAAAAAGCCUUACACCUGCUCCCAGUGUGGAAAGAGUUUUAAAAAGAGCUCACACCUUAAGGAUCAUUUGUUAAUUCAUACUGGAGAAAAGCCUUUCUCCUGCUCUCUGUGUGGAAAGAGUUUUAAAAAGAAAAUACACCUUAAGGAUCAUUUGUUAAUUCAUACUGGAGAAAAGCCUUUUACCUGCUCUCAAUGUGGAAACACUUUCAGACAUAAAAGAAGCCUGAAAAAGCACUUGUUAAUUCAUACUUGAAAAAGGCGUUUCACCUGCUCUCACUGUGUAACGCCAUGAGAAUUGUUUUCACAGAUGCAUGGUUUUGGUAAUGUUGUCGUCUAUAUGGCUGCAUUUACACUGCAAGUCUUAAUGCACAGGGCCUGUAUGUAUUAAACUUCACAGAAAUGCUGUUAAGAAUA